CAUAUAGAGGGGCGAGAGGGCGCGGCUUGUCCAGACGCUCUUUGUCCUGACAACGACGAUGACGGCGACGACGACGACGGCGGCAGCGGCCACGAUGUCGCCAAAGUUCCUGUUCCUUCUUGGAUCUCUCUUUCUGUUUGCCGGAACGCAGGUCAGAGCGCAAGACGAGGAAGGAGCUGAUGGAAUUGACGCAAAUGCCGAGGAAUUAUGCCAGGAUAGGCCAGGAGACGAAUACUUCCGGUUGAACGUCGAAGGAGACUGCCGUGACGUCGUGAGAUGCGACAAAGCGAGCGAGAUUGGAGUGACCAGAUUGGCGACCGUACGAUGCCCAACAGGUCUGGCAUUCGACAUCGAGCGUCAAACGUGCGACUGGAAAACGAACGUGAAGAACUGUGACCAACUCGAGAAGCCGCGUAAGGUGUUGCCCAUCCUGAGGACCGACGAACCAGUCUGCCCCGAAGGGAAAUUGUCGUGCGGUAACGGCGAGUGCGUGGACAAGGAGCUCUUCUGCAACGGUAAACCCGACUGCAAGGACGAAUCCGACGAGAACGCGUGCACUGUGGAAACCGAUCCAAAUCGCGCGCCAGACUGCGAUCCAACGCAAUGCGUGCUCCCCGACUGCUAUUGUUCCGCCGAUGGAACCAGGAUCCCCGGAAACAUCGAGCCGUCCCAGGUACCCCAAAUGAUCACGAUCACUUUCAACGGAGCCGUGAACGUAGAUAACAUCGACUUGUACGAAGAGAUCUUCAAUGGCCAACGUCAAAACCCUAACGGAUGCCAGAUCAGAGGCACUUUCUUCGUCUCUCACAAAUACACAAAUUACUCCGCCGUUCAAGACCUUCACCGUCGUGGUCACGAAAUCGCGGUGUUCUCUUUGACCCACAAAGACGACCCACAAUACUGGACCCAGGGAACCUACGACGACUGGCUGGCAGAGAUGGCUGGAGCUAGACUCAUCAUAGAACGUUUCGCAAACAUCACCGACGGUUCUAUUAUCGGAAUGAGGGCUCCGUAUCUUCGCGUGGGCGGUAACAAACAAUUCGAAAUGAUGGCUGACCAAUUCUUCGUCUACGACGCCUCCAUCACGGCUUCGUUGGGUCGUGUACCCAUCUGGCCGUACACCUUGUACUUCAGAAUGCCACACAAAUGCAAUGGAAACGGUGGAAACUGUCCAUCAAGAUCGCAUCCUGUUUGGGAGAUGGUGAUGAACGAAUUGGACAGAAGAGACGAUCCCACUUUCGACGAGUCCCUGCCUGGUUGUCACAUGGUGGACUCUUGCUCGAACAUUCAGACUGGAGAACAAUUCGCCAGGCUCCUCAGACACAACUUUAACAGGCACUUCAACAGCAACAGGGCACCGCUUGGCCUUCACUUCCAUGCCUCGUGGUUGAAGAGCAAGAAGGAGUAUAGGGAGGAAUUGAUCAAGUUCAUCGAGGAGAUGUUGGCCAGGAGCGACGUGUAUUUCGUUACCAUGGUUCAGGUAAUCAAGUGGAUGCAAAAUCCGACGGAACUCUCGGCACUGAGGGACUUCCAGGAUUGGAAAGAAACCUGCGACGAGAAGGGCCAGCCCUACUGUUCUCUCCCUAACGCCUGUCCCUUGACUACCAGAGAACUUCCUGGCGAAACUCUUCGCCUGUUCACCUGCAUGGAGUGCCCGAAUUAUUACCCGUGGCUGCUCGAUCCUACCGGCGACGGUUUCACCGCGAACAAAUGAGCACUUCAUGGUAGAGAUCUAUAGAUCGUGUGGCGCGUGUUCCUAAGAGAGACCACGCUAAAGUAAUGCAUCAAAAGGCUUUUCCUUGAAGAACACGCGCCGAACCGUCGCGCGGAAAACGUGUCGCGAACGGAAAUAAGAAAUCUCUUAGCAUAAUCGACUUGACGUUGUCUGGUUGAUUUCAAUUUUGAAAAGAGAAACAAGUGCAGUAGGAUUCUGAUGUAUUUUAUUAUAUGCAGAUAAGUUAGAAAUUCUUCGUGAGUUGAGAUGUUUUUUCUUUUUAUUGUGAUAUUAUUGGAACGGAAUUUUAUAAGUGGGAUAGCUGUUAAAUUAUCAUUUUUGUGAGAUUCUUGAGUUGCAUUCGUGUUAUCGUGGCAGAAGAGUAUCGUGGGUCUGAGUUCCCCUAGCAAACGUUCGCGAAACGUUUCUGUGGUCGAUUAUGGUGAUCGAAAGAAAUGAAAAGAGAACGAAGAGGUUGUUUUUCCGUAGCAUAGAGGAACAAGUUCUUCGAUUGAACUUAUUCAUCUUUGUACAUAACCACCGUAUCCUUGCCCUUCCGAUCCUUAUCCCUUUCUUCUGCGGGGCGUUGUACGUAUUGAUCCAUCGAUCGGUAUCGUCGCAGCGCGCCGAACCGUGUACACUGUACACUUGGUUAACGUUAGUGCUUAAGAGACGCGUGAGAGUAAUUAAGUAAUUCUUAGAAUCUUUAUUAAAGUAUUUCACAAUAAACGUUGUACGAAACUGA